GUUUGGGAGCCCCGAGAGCAGCGGCGCGGUUCAGAACAGCUUGAGAGCCUCCAGCAUCCCUGGGAGGACCCUGACCGCCAGCCGGCCGGCCAGCCACCGUCACUGAAGCAGCAGGACCCUCUUCCCAGAACCAUAUAAGAAAAACGGAGGGAUCAUGUCCAUGAUCGCAGCUUUCUACAGCAACAAGUCCAUCCUCAUCACAGGGGCCACAGGCUUCCUGGGCAAGGUGUUGAUGGAGAAGCUGUUCCGCACCAGCCCCCAACUGAAAGUCAUUUACAUCCUCGUGAGACCCAAGUCUGGACAAACUCUGCAGGAGAGGGUCUUCCAGAUUCUCAACAGUAAGCUGUUUGAGAAAGUCAAAGAAGCCUGUCCAAAUGUGCAUGAGAAGAUCAGACCUAUCUCUGCAGACCUCAACCAGCGCGACUUUGCCAUCAGCAAGGAGGACAUGCAGGAACUUACGUCUUGCAUCAACAUUGUCUUCCACUGUGCAGCUACUGUACGCUUUGAUGCUCAUCUGAGAGAAGCUGUGCAGCUGAAUGUCACUGCCACCCAGCAGCUACUGCUGAUGGCCAGCCAGAUGCCAAAGCUUGAAGCCUUCAUCCACAUCUCUACCGCCUUUUCUAACUGCAACCUGAGCCACAUAGAUGAGGUCAUCUACCCAUGCCCUGUGGAGCCAAGAAAGAUCAUUGACUCCAUGGAGUGGUUAGAUGACUCUAUCAUUGACGAGAUCACUCCCAAGCUAAUUGGGGACCGGCCCAAUACGUACACCUACACCAAAGCCUUGGGAGAGAUGGUGGUGCAACAAGAGAGUGGAAACCUGAACGUGGCUAUCAUCAGGCCGUCCAUAGUGGGAGCAACCUGGCAGGAGCCUUUCCCGGGUUGGGUUGAUAAUAUAAACGGACCCAGUGGACUCAUUAUUGCGACGGGGAGAGGAUUUCUUCGGUCCAUAAAAGCUUCUCCCAUGGCAGUGGCAGAUGUGGUUCCAGUAGACACAGUGGUCAAUCUCACCAUAGCGGUGGGAUGGUAUACCGCAGUUCACAGACCUAAAUCAACAUUAAUCUACCAUUCCACAACUGGGAAUCUCAAUCCCUGUAAUUGGUAUGAAAUGGGAUUACAGGUCUUAACGACCUGUCAAAAGAUUCCGUUUGAGAGUGCUUUCAGAAGGCCAAACGCUAACUUCACCACCAACAACUUCACCACCUAUUAUUGGAACGCUGUCAGCCACCGGGCUCCGGCCAUCAUCUAUGACUUCUAUCUGAGGCUUACUGGAAGGAAACCCAGGAUGACAAGACUCAUGGACCGACUCCUGAAAACCAUCUCCAUGCUGGAGUACUUCAUCAACCACAGCUGGGAAUGGAGCACCGACAACACAGAGAUGCUUCUGUCAGAGCUCAGUCCUGAAGAUCAAAGAGUGUUCAACUUUGAUGUGCGCCAGCUGAACUGGCUUGAAUACAUUGAAAAUUACGUUUUGGGGGUUAAGAAGUAUCUACUGAAAGAGGAUCUGGCUGGUAUUCCCAAAGCAAAGCAACACCUAAAAAGGCUCCGAAACAUUCAUUACCUCUUUAACACCGCCCUGUUUCUGAUCACCUGGCGCCUCCUCAUCGCAAGGUCUCAGAUGGCUCGGAACAUCUGGUUCUUCAUUGUGAGCUUCUGUUACAAGUUCAUCUCCUACUUUAGGGCCUCAAGCACACUCAAGGCCUAAGAACAUUCCACCAGCCCGUCAUCUGGAACCUCAGAUACCUCUCAGGCAGGAGACUGUGUCUUAAACUAGGACAUAACAAGAAGCACACCCAAGCUUCGAGCCAAACUUACCAUUCCAUCUUCUUUCCUAC